AUGAUUGAAAACAAUGCAGGUCUCGCGAUUAUUUCAGAGCCUCAUAGGGUGCUGGAUCACCCCUACUGGUUGUCGGACAAAAGAGAAGAUGUCGCGAUUUGCUGGAGGAAGGACAGUCACCCUAUGGCCUUCUCUCUGAUAUGCGCUGGUGAGGGCUAUCUUACAAUAAAGUGGGGCGAGAUCUUCGUUACGGGAGUAUACUGUUCCCCUAACGUAAGCAAGGCCACCUUUAAGGAAUGGCUCGACGAUUUAGGCCAACAUAUACAGGGCCAUCUAGAUAAACAUAUUUUACUAUGUGGGGAUUUCAACGCGAGAUCUUCGUUAUGGGGCGAUAGAAUCACCAACGCUAGAGGCAGAAUCCUGGAGGAGUGGUCUGCAUCGUUCGGUUUGGUCUGUGCAAAUAGAGGCUCUAGAGGCACAUGUGUAAGAAGUAGAGGUGAAUCUAUCGUAGACACCUCAUGGAUUUCUUUCAAUAUGAAUAACAGAGUAGCGGAUUGCAGAGUGUUAUCUGAUGAAACGAUGUCAGACCACCGGUACAUUAGUAUCAAGAUAGGCCUGUCGGCAGCCCAUAGAUCGAAAAGUCAGGUCAAUGAGAGAAGAUGGGCGGUACGCAAAUUGAAUAAGGACCUUCUCACUGCGGUCUUUGAAGUGCUCACGUGGAAACCGGCUCAAGAAGCUCAGGAGACAGAUAACGUAAUCAAAGAUCUGGAUGCGGAAACUAUUCGACUACAGGACAUAGUUGCCACCGCAUGCGAUGUAGCUAUACCCAGGACGAAAUCUCGUUCUAAGAAACAGGUUCACUGGUGA